GUUCCACUCGGGACGGCCCUCGCACCACCGUGAGGUACGAGCGGACAGUAUGUAAACACGGAUGACUGUACCAUGUCUGUCGCGCAGGGGGGCCGCCGUGGAGGUCGGACGCACUGCCGCGAUUGAGCACAAACUACAAGCGACCCAGGCGUCGCCGGACUCGUGCGUUACAGCCGGGCCACGUUUACUCUUCUAGCGGGAACCGACGCGCCUCGGACGUGUUUUCGGACGCGUCGGGUGCAUAAAUCUCAGCUCGGUCCCCGGGCGGCUGGAUGGAGUUAGAACAAUCCAGGCAGGCGGCGAGUGGACGAGACGACCCAAAACACACACACACACACACACACACACACACACGGCACCGACUGUUAGCCGACAACUCUCAGACGGCCACGGCGGAGAUUUAAAACGGACGAAUUAACCCCCCCCCGAGCCACCCCACCCACACCGCCCCCCCCGACGGCGCCGAACAAUGUGACCGAGCGAGAGGAACCACCUCGGCGAGGACUGUCAGGGAACGCAUGACUGCCAACUUCGGCUGCGGCGAGGGGCGCACCAUGGCAUCUCAGCCGAGUGUACACAAUGAAGAGAGGAACCUUCUUCGCCUCCGAGCAUGGGAACAGAGGAACCAAGAAGCCAGCCAAGCCAAAGAGCUCAACCCCGAGAAUGUGCCUCUCUUUGGGGAACCAUACAAGACAAACAAAGGGGACGAGCUUUCCAAUCGGAUCCAGAAGAUGCUGGGCAGUUAUGAAAAUGUGAACAGUCCAUAUCCCCUUACCGCUGAGCCUUUACCCACUCCCAGUUAUGUAACCUUCUCACAGUCAGAUCAGGGUCAGCCGGACAUGGACAAAUCAACCAGAGCUCCAUUCCACAACCAGGUCCAUUACACUUCAACCCAAACCCAGAAAGGCCCCUCCAGUAGCAGUUACUCUUCUCAGCUCGCGACGAUGUCCACUGCCUCUUCUCCUAACCAGCACCGACACUCAUCCACUCUCCCAAAGUUUUCCUUGAACCAAAGUCAGGGCAGUCAGCCUGGAAACCCAGCCCAUCAACAGAAGAAGAGUGAAGCCUUCUCAGAUUUCGGGGAGCGUGACGGCCUUCCCCAGGAAAUGUCUGCUCAUUCUCCCGACGCUAAGCCACAAUCGUUCCUACAUUCCAGCAACGAUAACAGCACCGACGCGGACACAAGGGACACAUUUGAUAGAAAUCAGCGUCUAGAGUCCUCCGAUCGCCCCUCCGAGUCCGCCAUGGAUGUUUCCACGCUGAACAUGAAGCCGUCCCCUAAAGAUGCAUCUCUCACUCAAGCCACCAAGACUAAUGCGCUGCCCUCCCAGACCUUCCCUCCGCUCCUGUCGUCCAAGCAGUCCAGCGUCGUCAUGACCCAGAAGCCAACAGCCUAUGUGCGCCCCAUGGACGGUCAGGACCAGGUGGUCAGCGAUUCACCUGAGCUGAAGCCUUCGCCAGAGCCAUAUGUACCACUACCAGAGUUGAUCAGCAAGUCUAACCAGGGCAAAAUGAAGAUACUGCCACCAUUUUUGGAGACGAGGACAAAUGAAGCUCAGUGUGUUGAGGACAUCUUGAGGGAAAUGAUCCACUCAUGGCCCCCUCUCCUGACAGCGAUACACACACCCAGCAUAGAUGAACCCUCCAAGUCCUCGUUUUCAGCCAAGGAAGCCGAGCACGUCUCUUCACGCCAGGGACAACAAAGCUGCAUCUCCUCUCCUCUCCCUCCUCCUCCACCUCCUCCUACAGAUCCAUCCCAGCUCAACCAGCAGAGCUCCUUAUCUUCGUUUGAAGCGGCACAUUCCAGCGGGGUAGAGUCCGCCAGCUCCAGCGACUCGGAGAGCAGCUCGAGGUCAGAGUCGGACAGUGAAAGUGCCACAGGGGAGCCACCUGAACCCCCAGUGAGCAGCACCGUUAAAACUGAGCCUGAUGCUCCAGCGGUGAGCCGUGGCGACUGGCAGUUGGGGAACUGGAUCAGGUCCAGCCAGCAGAACGCGAGCACUGAGAGUCAAGGCGGUGCCCACGUCUCCGAGAGCCCCACUCGCAGACGGCUGCUGCCCACCCAGAGCUCCAAGCACUCCAGUGUGGAGGUGGUCGACCCCGCCAGGGAGUCCAAGCCUCGGCUUGCCUCUCGCCAAAAAGAGCUCGGCGACAACAUUGCCAAACCCCAGCAGUGCAAAAAAGGCCAUCAGGACAACUGUUACCAGCAGAGUAACCAAAUCAGCCCCUCCACUGAUUUCAGGAAACUGUCAUGCAAGAAGAUCUCUUCAAAACCAGCAAAGGGAGGCUGCCCAGAUCAAAACGAGGCAGCUGUCAGUGUUAAGUGUAAGGAGGUCGUAGCAACCAGAGACAAAGACGUUUGUUUCACAGAUAGGCCCAAGGUAAAGACGAAAACGAGAAAGAAAAGCAAGGACGGCGACUCUCAACAAGACGGUAAAAGAACUUCUAAACACGCUCCUCUUGACAAGCGGAAGCUCGGAUCGGAGCCCGAUGUUAAGCUGGUCCUGUCUGGUCAAUGUCCGUCGUGUGGUGUGAAACAUCCAAACCCCUGCUCCUGCCCCGCGCGGAGCCCCGCUCAGCCGGACCAGUCGUCCCCCGACCCACCGGUAAGAAUCAACUGCAGCAAACCCGAGGCAGAGGCCGCCUGCCAGAAGGGCACCGAGAAGCCUCGCAGAACAACCCGCAAGGGCUCGGAGGAAACCGAGCCAACAGCCAAGGUUUCUCUGGACCUCAGGCCUCCGCGAUCCUUGCUGGUGAAGAUCGAUCUGAUUCUGCUCUCGAGAGUCCCCCCCGCGUCCGGCAACCACCAGGAGAUGCCCGGCAAUGCGAAGAGAGCGGCGGCGGCUGUCGAGCCAGGCGGAGGGGGCAGCGACGGUCCUGCAGCACACAAACACAGCAGAGGCAGCAAAAAAAGCAAAGCUCCAAAUGUGGAGCUAGACAAUAAGACUCUCCCCAGGAAGAAACGGCGUCUGGAAAACAAGAAUACCUCGUCAGCUCCUGCUUCUAUCAAACUGGAAAGUUCCAGCAAUCCAGCGGAGGACCGGGAGGGAAAGAAGGCCAAGAAAACCCCCGCGUCCGCGACACCCAAAGACUCCGCUAAAGACUCCGCGUCACACAAACGCUGCCCUGCGGAGUCCAGCAGGGACACAGUGAAGGGCAAGGACUCCUGCAAGCACAAGAGGAGGAGCGUUAAACACACCGAGCACCCACAGUCUGAAAAGCAGAAGCCUCCAAAGAGCUUCCCCACCGUCCCGUCGUCGUCACAGUCCAACAAGGACGUGCUCAUCAACAGGCCCUUGCUCCGGUUGGAGGACAGGCAGUAUCCAGUGAAGCAUUACAUAAAGGAGGCCAAAAAACUGAAGCACAAAGCAGAUGCAGAGUCAGAUAAGCUCAUCAAAGCUUUCAACUACCUGGAUGCGGCCAUGUUCUUUGUGGAGAGCGGCAUCGCCAUGGCGAAAGACCCACAGAUCUCAAUGUCUUCCUACACCAUGUUCGAAGAGACGGUCGAACUCCUCAAGUUCGUGCUGAAACUUAAGAACUCAGUGGAGCCCUCUGCUGCGCCCUCAGAGAAGGACUUUUUAGCUUUAUGUUUGAAGUGCCAGUCUCUCCUGCAGAUGACAAUGUUUCGCCACAAACACAAAACUGCACUCAAGUAUUCAAAGACUCUGACUGAACAUUUCACUAACUCUGCUCAGGCAACACAUGAUCCUUCCGUCUGCACAGCAAAAGCCGCACACACCCCGUCCCCGAUGCCCGACGUCCCGUCUCCGGCCAACACGUCCACCAGCUCAGGUCCCGGCUCCAACCAAAGUGGCGGCGGGUCGGCCGCGGGCCCUGCCGGCGGCACGGUUGCCGUUCCCCGGGCCGUCGCACAGGUGGCGUCCAGCUACGUCAACAUCACCACGCUGUUCGUGAGCGCUCACGACCUCUGGGAGCAGGCGGCGGUGCUGGCGAACAAAGGCAGCGGUCUGCUGGCGGCGCUGGACACAGUCAUGGGCCCACUGAGUCCGACGUCGACGAUGAACGCUAUGGUCCGAUACACGAGGCAGGGUGUCCACUGGCUGAGGCUGGACACCAGAAAGGUAAAGUGACCAACUGCUGGAUACCUGCGAACCUGCGAACGCUCCUCGCUUCACUUCACCGACCUGAACUGUCCCUCAGGCUUGUCUUCUUUUUCAUUAUUUCACAUGGACCUCUCUUUAAAAAGACAGACACUGAUGUCAUCUCAUGUUUGUUUUCAAGGCUGGCUUUUUUUGGGGGGGGGAUUGCCCAGCAAGGAAUACAAACACUGACCUUUGCACUUGUUAUUUAUUCUUUUCUCUCGUGUUCACUUUGGUGUCGCGCUCUCUUUCUCUCUGGCACUUUAAACAAAAAGAAAAAAAAGAAACAGAAAAAUCAUGGGCUACAUCUGGUGUAAUGUACACGUCAUGUGUGGGAAGGUUUAAUGUGCCUCCUUGUUCCUUCUGUCAGCUGAUGUCAUAGGAAUGUUGUUGAAUCAGGGUUUAACUCAAGAGUGACCUUCAUUAGAUUUGGAUGGAAGAACAUCGGAUCAAACCAAAAGUGCCAUUUGUUGGUGGUUGGUGCGAGCACUGACACGGAUCUUAUUAACUCUCAUCACCACGACUUUGUGAGCAGGCCUCUGAUUAAGCCGAAAUCACACGACCGUGAAUGAAAUGACCCGAAAAAGUGAAGGCACUUAUUUUUAGACUGAACACUUCACUGUAAUCGGCAAACUCAUUUUUACCUAAUUACUCUUAAAAAGAGAGAUUUCAGUUUCCCUGUUUGAUUUGGGUCCAGGGAUUCCCCAAUCCUCUCGUUUUGCGUCGGAGUGACUGACGGUCGACGGGGCCGUUUCCAAGACGUGAGCGACAGGCUACUCGCCGCGCUGAUGUUGAAAUAAUUUCUGUGUCUUCGGGGGUCGCAGCCUGUUUCUGGCGGAAGUCCUGUCGAUGGUAAUGGCUGAGAGUGACUGAUUUUAUUCUCAUCAUCCUGUUACAGAAUUUGCUCUUGUGCCCUUCCUCCAAUGAAAAGUAACCAUCUUGAAGGAUGGAUCACAAGUGCAACGCGUAGGAGGGUGUUGUGUAAAUUUAGAGCCAUAUUAAUACCAAAAAAACCUGCUUUAUGUUUCUACAUCUUGCCUCUAAAAAAACAAAAAGAUCCUUAAAAGAUAUUGCAAAUUUGUCCCUUAUUACUUUUCACAUUAAAAUAGUUUUUCUCUUUUGAAGUUGGUAUGAACAGAGGGAACAAUUACAGCAACCUGUUCACUUCAGCGCACUUGUGGGCAUGUUGGGAUUGUUUUUUAAAAAAGAAGAUUGUAUUCAAAAAAACUUUGAACGUGUCCUUUAACCACGGAUAUGUCUCGCAAGAAUCAACAGAGGGAAUCAUGUUACAUCCCCGACUCUCUGGAGUCUGAGUCUCCCUUCGACUGGGACUCACCACGAUCAUUUCACUGAUAAGAAACUACAGUAGUGUUUCGCUUUAUUUGUUUUCACUGCUUUCCUUCACGUUUCCUACACUAAAGUCGAGUCGCGUAUGUUUCCUUAAAAACCUUUUGGAAUAAAUGGCCAACUGUAGCUUACUAAAAAAAAAAAACACACUUCUGUGAGUCUUUAUACUUAAUUUCAGUCGCUAUUGUACAGAAAAAGAAAAAAGAAAAUCGCCACGUUCCCAUGACAAGCAGGGCUGUGCUAGUCUUUACUGUUGUCUAUUGUAACUUUGAUUCUAAGCAAUAAAGCUCGAGUUGUUUUGGCUCAAAAUUGAAGUGACUUGUUGACGUACUGUCGUAGGGUCUUUAUUGAUACAGAAAUAAUCCGCGUGGGUCGAGAAAAGAAUCAAUGGUUUACAUUAGCGCAUUAAAAAUGUUGCGUUUUUGUUGAAAUGAGUGCCUCCUUGGAUUCUGACUUUUUUUGCUUGUUAAUUCAGUUAACGUGUGAUCCAUGCCAUCACACGCUUAAAGGGCUGAGCGAGGACCACAAAGUGCUCCUGACUUUAUUUUCCUCAUAUUAACGAUCAGGUGAUAUUUUUUUAAUAUACUGGUGCCGCGGAACGAGGGAUUAUUUUUACGCACAGAUCAUCCGCAAGCUGCUACAGUAUUGAUCUUUACACUGCACAAAAAGUGAAAAACGCAAAAUCUGGCAUUCGACAUUCUUACUAGUUGCAAUUUCAUCCGUUUUCCUUUUUUUUUUUUAAAUGUUCCUUUGAACUUGUCUUUCCAACCUGUGGCUUUAGUUUCCUUAUCAUUGGGUUCAGGUGCUUCGUUUAUGAAUUAUUAUGAAAGUUUACACUUCCUGUCCAAAUAAUGAUUGACUGGAAAAAAUGAUCAGAAAAGGUUUUUGAAGGAUGCUUUUUUUUUUCUCCUUUUGUGAAAUAUGUAAAGAAUUUGUGUUGCAGUGUACACAGAUGAAUAAACACUGGAAAUUCA